AUGUUGGAUAGGAGCCUUUCGUUUAAGGAAAUGUUGGGGACAGAAUAUUGUAGAGGUAAAAAUCAGUUGAAGCAUAAACCAAUGCUGGCUUUUGCUCUGUCUGAACCGGAUUUUAUGUUUUUGCCUAGACCGGUUAAGGAGCUUGAUGCAGCAGUCAAAGUUCAGAAGGUUUACAAGAGUUUGUCUAAGGAUGAGAAAGCACAAAAGUUAGCUCUUCAACAUUGGCUUGCAGCUAUUCAUCCACGCCAUCUGUAUGGACACAAUUUACACAUGUACUACGAUUUGUGGUUUGAAAGUGAGAGCAGCCAGCCUUUCUUCUACUGGCUGGAUGUUGGAGAUGGCAAAGAAACAAAUCUUGAGAUAUGCUCGAGGACAGUUCUACAGAGCCAAUGCAUCAAGUACCUUGGACCGGAUGGUUUCUUAUCUACUGUUGGGACCUUGAAAUGGGUAAACCAUGUCAUUCUCUUAUCUCAGUUAUCUGUUUACAAAGGUGCUGGUGGCAUUCAAGCUCUCAUGAAAAGCAAUGAAAGAAAAUUAGCCGAAGAAGAUGAGUCAAUACUGAUGGCCUCGGAAAUCCCUUACACCAUCAUCAGGGCUGGUUGAAACUGAAUUUGAACAACAAUGGGCAGAUGGUAAGGCGGAAGAAUGGAAAAAUGCAAUUCACAAUGGUGAACAUGUUUGGGAUUAGCAGACUAUUAUUCAUGUUCACUAUUUUAGCACAGUAGAAGAUAAAAAGCUAAAAGAGGGUCAAGUGAGAAACAGCUGGAGCUAGGUUUAUCAACAUUCAAGCAGCUUAUGAAUUGCUUUUAGAUGAAGAGAACAGAAGCCAAUGCGACAGGAAUAACUGAGUGAACCCAUUCAAAGAAUCUGAAUCAUGGAUAGAGUGCCUAAUGAAAAAAUGAAAAGCUUUUCAUCAGCAAGGUGAUAUGGCAAUAACAGCUUAGACUGAGGAACAGCAGCAUGAGAUGAAUAUCCAUGCAGAUCGUGUAUCAUUAUGCAACAUCCAUCAAACACUACUCAUUAUUGUAUUCUGUUUAUUCCUUCAUUAAACUAUGUAUACAAAGUUUGAUUUGAAAUUAUUCAUUCUGGUGAGAUUCGUGUAACAUGUGCUAAUCAUACAGCUAAAGAAUUCAAAAGUUGUACUGACCUCAAAUGCUACGUAUACCUUUUGAAUUCUUUAACUGCAUGAUUAAAACAUGUUAUACGAAUUUCUCCAUCAGAAUCAGUAAGUUCAAACCAAACAAAAUCUGUAAUUUUCAACAAAGACGAUUGGUAUUUCUAUUAUCUAAUGUUACAAAAUCAA